ACGUAUGAUCUUAUAAACCCUCACCACCAUUUCCAAAACCAAUAUCCCAUAGAUUUUCAUUUUUUUUUUCUUUUCUUGUAACACAUGGAUCGAUUUCCGUUCUUGAAUGUCCCAAAAGAUGUUGUGGGUACCUUAAAUGAAUCCCGCAAACUUUUUCUCAAGAACAAGAAGUUGAUGUUCUCUGUUUUGGUAUUUCCUCUCGUGCUCAAUGGUUUAGUUUACUUGUUCACCGUCCUUGCCAUCAAACCUGAGAUAACAAACUUGAUUAAAGAAUCAAAUUUGUUACCCAUGAUGGAUCCAAGCAGCCCGGAAUACAUAGCCCAACUUAUGAGAGUCUUUGCGGAUUUUCGCCAAUUUGUGGUUUCUUCAUACUUCUUUUCAACAGUCUCCUUUGUCAUCAAACUUUUAUCGGUUCUAGUCAUCGUCCAUGCUUCAGCUCUUACUCAUAAAGAAGAGAACGUGAAGCUCAGAGACUUUCCGGUUCUCACCCUUAAAUCUUGGAAGGGGCCUCUUUUGACCUAUUUCUACAUUUGCCUCUUCAGUCUUGGCUAUUGGUUUCUUUUCUUUAUAAUCCUUUUCCCUCUCCUUUUGUUAUCUUCAAAUUUUGGUUCCUUGGCAACCAAGUCGUGGUCCUUGUUUGUUCUGUUUGUAUUGUUCGAGUCCUAUCUAGCUAUCGUUUGGUACCUAUCUUUGGUCAUAUCGAUACUCGAGGAAACUUAUGGAUUCCAAGCUUUGGGGAAAGCUGCAAAGAUUGUUAAAGGGAUGAAGCCACAACUAUUCCUCUUGAAUAUUUUCUUCGGUUUAUUGUGCUUCGGUUUAGCUCAGGUCGUGAGGCUGGUCGAUUUGAGAUGGUCGUUUGCGGUUACCUUAACCACCGGUUUGGUACUUGUGGGAUCAAUCUUUGCGGUGAGGAUGUUUCAACUUGUGACUUACACCGUUGCAUAUUUCCAGUGUAAGAGCCUCCGUGGCCAAGACAUUGAGUCGCUGAGGGAUGUUGAAUAUACGAAAUUACCGUCCACAUCUCUUAGUGGAGCAUUGCCUUGAAAUAUUUAAAGAGAAGACGGGCAUAAUAUGGUAUAAUCUCAUGAAUGGAAUAUAAGAGAGUUAUCAGCUACGUAAAAAGACCUUUACCAGAUUAAUUAAAAGAAGUCGAAUAUAUCUCUCCCA